UACCUAAAUUUAAAGUAGGAAAGUAUAUCAUAGAAACUAUCUAUUCUAUGAACUUCUUUUCAAUGUUAUGGCAAUAAUGACCAAUCAGAAUAUUCCUUAGGAUUCUUAAGGAAAAAGCGCGAAAUCACGUGCAGAGAAAAGUACAAAGAAAAAAAAACAGAGUGUCCAUUGAAAUACAGAUUUCUUUUAUUAAUUUUUGCAUUUAUUAAUCUAUAGGCUAUUAUAAAAUAGUUGUUAUUGUGUAUGUUUUACAAUAUAUUUAAUGUCCAAACAAAUUUUUAUUUAGUUCACGCGUAUAAAAGAAUUUGUAUCCAAGGUUAGUCCUUUUAAAUUUUAUUAUUAUUUCAUUGACAUAUUUGAUAUUAGAUAUUGGAUGAAAAACAACGUAUAUUAAUGAACAAUAAGAUAUUAAAUAUUUAAAAAGAAUACAAAAUUUAGUGGCAUACAAUAUGAAUCAUAAAUAUCUGUACAAGAGACGUAAAUGGUGUGAAAUCAAUGCUGGUGUGUUUCAUGCGAUUAAAAAACCAAAACCACCUAAGCUAAAAGUUAAUAAAGAAUCACAUAAAGAAAUAUCUAAGGACGUUGUUAAAUCAAUAAAUCGUAAACAGAAUAGUAAACAGAAUGAUCUUGAAUUUUCUGAUGUAAAAGAGAUAGAUCAAAUAAAUACCAAUAAGGAUAUGAUUAUUGAAAAAACAAUUCUGCAAGUUGAUUCCAAUAAACGGCUUUUGAAAACAAAUAUUUCUAAUUCAAUAAUUCAACAGACUAAUUUACCUAAUGCAAUAGUAAAUCCAAAUGUUAAAUUGAAGGAAUUGAAUGGUCAGAUUGGACGUAACGAAUCCAAAAAUUGCUUACAUAAAAGUUCAUGCAAAUCAUCAAAAUCUAUGGAUUUAUUUUUUGACGAUGCUACCGAUUUGAAUGUAGAUAAACCAGAGUUUGAAGUUAUAAUAAAGAAAAGCAAAAUAGAUGAUAUUUUAAAGGUAUUGGAGGAUGAUUGGGCAGAUGACGAAUAUGAUACAAUGGAGACAUUGGUUACUAAUAACAUGAAAAAUAAUGUUUCUCCAUUAAAAUCUAUUAUUACACCGAGCAAUUUAGAAAUACCUUCAUCAAAUGAACUUAGCAAAAUGAUAUCAAUGAAUAUUAAAGAUACACCAUCUAUUACAAAUAAUAAAAAUUCUUCUUCUACUAUACAAAAUCUUGAUGACAUGACAGAAGUUGAAAAAGAAAAUAAAGAAAAAUAUUAUCCUAUAUUUAAUAAAGGAUAUUCUAUGAAAAAUGCAGAAAGUGAUGUUACAAAGCUUACACAUGGAACAAAAAAAUCAACAAAAUGGCAAUUAUCAGCAAAAAGUGGUGGCAAUGAAAAUCAAUAUCAAUUAGAUGCAGGUCAAAAGAAUUUUGGUGCGACGCAAUGUUCAGAAUGUGGUAUUGUUUAUCAAUUGGGUGAUCCUGAGGAUGAAAAUGCUCAUUUGAAUUAUCAUAAUAGCGUGAAAACUUUAAAAUUCCAAGGUUGGAAAAAUGAAAAAGUCAUUAUAGACGAUCCUUUAACAUCAAGUAGAAUAAUUUUAAUUGAACCAAAUGAUUCUAAACAAUGUUGGAAAAAGGUAUCAGAAAUUUUAACUGUUGUAGAUAGAGAUUUAGGACUAGCUGAUUCAUCUCUUUCAAAUUAUACUGAUAAAAAGGUAUAUUUAUACAUUAGAGAAAAGAAUAUAUUAGGCGUACUCGUAGCAGAAUACAUAGAAAUAGCACAUAGGAUGAUACCAGACUUAAUUGAUUUGAAUUGUUGUACUGCUGAAAGUACACCAGCUAAGUGUGGUAUAAAUGUUGUAUGGACAGUAAUGAGUCAUCGCAGACAAGGCAUAGCCACUAAACUUGUAGAUAUUCUCAGAUCCAAAUUUUUCUAUGGAUACAUAAUGUCCUUAGAAGAUAUUGCAUUCUCUGUUCCAACUCCAAGUGGAAAGAUAUUUGCCGAGAAAUAUACUAAGACGAAAAGUUUUAAAGUUUAUAGUUAAUUUUGUUUUUACUUUUAUCUCUUUCUGGACGAUUAUAUAAAACAUGAAAACAUCCAAAUUGUAUCGAUGAUUAGAUUCGUUGUUUAUUUAUUUUCCAUCGAUCAAAUUGAGUAGUAUAUUAUAGUAAAUGAUACUUGAUUUUUGUAAAAAUGUGUAUGGGAACUCUAUCAAAUAAACUUAUCAGUAUUUUAAGAGGUUUAUCAAGUUAUUAAUAUUUAAAUCUUUAUAAUAAUUAAAUUUGACAAGUUUAUACCAUAGUUUAAUGCUAUAAUACAAUACCUCACAUAUACAACUAAUAUACGUAGGGUCUUAUAUUGGUAAUUUUCACUUUGUCAAAGGAUUUGUUUUAUGUAGGAUGUAUAGAAAAAUUAAAUCACAUUUAUUUUUAUAAAGUGUGUUUAUAUAAAAAAAUUACAAGUAUAUGUAUAAAAAUAUAGUUAUUUUAAAUAGAUUAUUUCCUCUUUCCCCCCACCCCCCAAUCACUGUGUUGAUGAUAUGUACAAGUAAUUAACUAAAUGAUAUGUACAAGCAAUUAACUAAAUGAAAAUUUUGGAAGAAAAAAAAAGAAAAAUAAUACAAAAAAAAUAUUCCAUUGCACAAAUUCUACAAUCUAAGUGAAAUGCAUUACUUAAAAACUAAUUGAUUUGUACAAGUUUUUACAUGGAAUGGAAAAAAGGGGGAAAAAAGAAAUAAAAUUAAAAUAAAAAAUAAAAAGAAUAACUAAGUGUAGACCCUCUGUUGAUUAAUGGUAAAAUUUACCAUUUUCCGCCCCACUUAUUUUGUCUACUAUAGCCAAACUUAUAGCCUUGCCCAUUUGAACGAUUCGCUCGUCCUUCCGCCCGUUUCGUUUUCCAGGCUUCGUAUCUUUCGGCCAUACUAUAUAACUCAUCUGGCACCAUCUAAUAAAGAUUUGAGCACAUUAUUAAACUUAUUAUAAUACAAGAGGUUUUAAAAAAAAACUUUAAAUGCACAGAACUAUAUUUGAAGCUAUAAUGAUAAUUUUAUAAAUUUGAAUAUUAUUAUUACUUACUUGAUUAGCCUCUUCUAAAAUACUGAUAAGUUCUUUGGAAUGUGACCAGUCAUUUUUGGUCAUUAACGUUAUACUUUCGCCGGUUUUACCAGCGCGACCUGUACGUCCAACUCGAUGGACAUAUUCUUCUAUAUCACGUGGAAAAUCAUAAUUGAAGACAUGCCUAUAAAUACACACACACACACAUAUAUAUAUAUAUAAAAGAAAUCUUAGUAAAAUAUAUUGAUAUAAAAAUAUGUCAGAAAAAGUGGAAGAGUUAAUAAUAAAACAUACGUUAUAUCCUCGAUGUCAAUACCUCGGCUGACAACGUCUGUUGCAAGAAGAAUUCGUACAGAGCCAUUUUUUAAAUCUUCUAUAGCUUGUUCUCUGUCUUCUUGAUCUCUUCCACCAUGAAUACUUUCAUUUUUAAUAUACGAGAGACAUAAAUCGCUCGCUAUAUCGUCUACUCUUGCUUUUUUAGAAAAAAAUACAAUAAUUUUGUCUUCGGGAUCCAUAUUCCGAAUAAAUUCAUAAAACUGAUGUAAAAAAGAAUAUAUAUAUAUAUAUAAAGAUUAAUAUUCUCUCAUCAUAAAAUCAAUAUAUUAUUUAUUAAGAAUAAUGAUACCAAUAUAGAAAAUAAUUAAUUUAGAGGAAAAAACAUUGAUUAUACAAUAACUUACCACAUCCAAUUUAUCUUCCUCGUCGAUUAUAUGAAUAUGCUGUUUUACUGUAUGUACAGCUGAUAAAUUUAACGAUCCAACAAAUACUUGAAUUGGAUCUUUCAUAUAUGAUCGUGCUAAGCGUCUAACACCUGGUGGCCAUGUAGCACUAUUAUAAAAAUUAAAACAGUAUAAAUAUAUUUUAUAUUUAUAUAUAUAUAUGUACGAUACAAAAAUAUAUAUUAAAUACCUUGUCAUUAUAGUUUGUCUAUCGGAUCUUACAUCGAAUAAACUUUUCCUAAUUUGAGGUUCGAACCCCAUAUCCAGCAUACGAUCUGCUUCGUCUAGUACAAGAUAUGUAACAGAUCUUACAUCUAUUGCUCUUGCUAAUACCAGAUCAUUUAAUCUUCCCGGUGUAGCUAUAACUAUUUGUACACCUUCUGUUACUAUAUCAAUUUGAUCUUGUCGAUUACCGCCACCGUAAAGACAAACACUAAAACAAUGUCAGCAUUUUUAUGUAGUUGUUAAUCAUAUAUAUAUAUAUAUAAUUAAAUGUGGAAAAUAAAAAAACUUAUUUACAUAUAAGUACUUACGCUUUAAUAUUACGAUACGAAUACUUUCCUACUUCUUUUUCUAUUUGUAAUGCUAAUUCUCUAGUUGGUGCCAAAAUAAGGACAUUGGGACCAACUCUUUCAUUAAAAGGAGUCUUUUGACCAUCAAUAUGAAUCAAUGCAGGCAAAAGAAAUGCUAACGUUUUGCCUAAUAAUAAUAAUAAUAAUAUUAAAAAAUAAUAAUUAUAGAAUAAUUAAAUAUUUAUAAUUAUGAUAAAACAAUAUAAAUCUAUAGUACAAACCUGUUCCAGUCUGUGCUAUACCAAUCAUAUCUUUGCCACUAAGUAGAAUUGGCCAUCCUUGACGCUGUAUUGGGCUUGGAUUUGUAAAGCCUUGUUUUUUUAUUUCUUCAAGAACUUGCGGAUAAUUCUAUAAUUAUAUAUGUAUAUAUAUAUUUCUUUUUUUCACACCAUAACUUUUCAAUCUUGUACUUGCAUGGAAAGUUUGUUGUAAUGCAUUGUACUUACAUGGAAAGCUUGUUCGAAUGUUUCAAUAGGAUUAGGAAUGCAACAUACGUCAACAUUACUUUCUUCAUCGUCAAAAACACGUUGAACUUCAAUAUUAUUAUUUUGUAUCCUAAUUUCUGCUACACGUUCAGCAGACAUUUGUGUAAUAAAAGGAUCUUCUUGAUAAAAGUUCUUAUAUAUAGGUGGAUAAGUAAAUGGUUCUUCAUGCUGUUUAAAAUAUUAAUUUAAAUUAUUAUUCGUUCCCUUUAAGAAUAUAUUUAUAAUUGAAAAACUUGAAAUAAAAUUUACACUUUUGUUAAUUCGA